AUGGCGCCACCACAUUUUCUACUAGUAACGUUUCCAGCUCAAGGUCACGUGAAUCCAGCACUCCGUUUCGCUCGUCGGCUCAUCAGAACCACCGGUGCACGUGUCACUUUCGCCACGUGUCUCUCCGUCUUCAAUCGCUCGAUGAUCCCAAACCACGACAACGUGUACAACCUCUCUUUCCUCAGCUUCUCCGACGGAUUCGACGACGGCGUCAUCUCCAACACCGAAGACGUCCAAAACCGCUUGCUGAUCCUCGAACGUAACGGCGAUGAAACGUUAUCAGAGUUCAUCGAAGCAAAUCGAGACGGAGACUCUCCCGUGACUUGCUUGAUCUACACGAUUCUUCCCAACUGGGUUCCAAAACUGGCGCGUAGGUUUCACCUUCCCGCUGUUCUUCUCUGGAUCCAACCCGCUUUAGCUUUCCACGUUUAUUACAAUCAUUCCUCCAUACACAGCUCUGGUCUCGAGUUCCAGAAUCUUCCGUCUCUCGCAGUCCGUGAUCUUCCUUCUUUCCUCUCACCUUCCAACACGAACAAAGCCGCACAAACAGUAUAUCAAGAACUCAUAGAGUUUCUCAGAGAAGAAUCCAACCUGAAAAUUCUCGUCAACACAUUCGGUUCGCUGGAGCCAGAGGCCUUAACCGCUAACCCGAAUAUCAAAAUGGUGGCGGUUGGUCCUUUACUUCUUCCGGAAGUUUUCUCAGUAAGCGAAUCAAUAGACCAAAGUAGUUAUAGCCUUUGGCUAGACUCGAAAACAGAGUCCUCUGUUAUUUACGUUUCUUUUGGAACAAUGGUUGAGCUGUCGAGGAAACAGAUAGAGGAACUAGCGAGAGUACUCAUUGAAGGGAAAAGACCGUUCUUGUGGGUUAUAACUGAUAAACCCAACAGAGAAGCGAAAGCAGAAGGAGAGGACGAGACAGAGGUUGAGAAGAUAGCUGGAUUAAGACACGAGCUCGAAGAGGUUGGGAUGAUUCUGUCUUGGUGUUCGCAGGUGGAGGUUUUAAGACACCGAGCCGUAGGUUGCUUUCUGACUCAUUGUGGGUGGAGCUCGACGCUGGAGAGUUUGGUUUUAGGCGUUCCGGUGGUGGCGUUUCCUAUGUGGUCGGAUCAACCGACGAACGCGAAGCUUAUGGAGGAUUCAUGGAAGACAGGUGUGAGGGUGAGAGAGAACGAGGAAGGGUUGGUGGAGAGAGAAGAGAUAAGGCGGUGUUUGGAAGCAGUGAUGGAGGAUAAAGCUGAUGAGUUGAAGGAAAACGCUGAGAAGUGGAAGCGAUUAGCUGUUGAAGAGGGUAGGGAAGGAGGCUCUUCGGAUAAGAACAUAGAAGCUUUUGUGGAGACUCUGUUGUGUGAAACAGAGGAGGCUACAUAA